AUGUGUGGCACAAACUCCUGGUAUGGCCAGGCGCCUUGCACGUCCGCGGUCUUCGACCCAGUCUUGGACGAGGCCCCUCUCGACGCGGACCGUGUGUCGCACCUGCGCUGCUUGUGCUGUGCGAGCAAAUCAGAGGACGGCGGCUGCGCGGACCUGCCCGACACCUGUCUCAACAGCAACGAGAACGCGCAGCUGCCGUGCACGGCGAGCGCCCAGGUACUUAACGAAGAGCAGGCGAGGUUUUCCUUCGGCGCUGACUUUUCCUGUUCGGACGGCUCUUCGAAAAGGGCCCGGUCGACAUACAGCUUCGGGUACCCUCUGCAGGGUUAUUCCAACAUCGACAACAACGAUGACAACGAAAAGAUGCAAGAGCGGUUGGAGGAGUGGACCACAGGAGACAUCUACCGUGCGCUAGCAGACGUGAGGAAAGAUGUGUCGGAUGGCAAUUUCAACGUGUACUUCAGCGGGGCAGGCACAGAAGCAGUGUUCUUUCUGUCGUCGUUGCAAGGGGACCUCUUCUUCGCCAUCGGAUCCUUCGUGGUGGUCUUCCUGUGGCUUUGGUUUGGGACCACGUCAGCCUUUCUAGCCUCCGUGGGAAUGGCCGAGAUCGUCUUAUCGAUCCCCCUGGCCACAUUCAUAUGGGGCGUCAUGCAGGCUAAAUUCCUGACAUUUUUCACCCUGUGCAUCAUAUUUCUGAUUCUUGGCAUCGGGGCUGACGACAUUUUCGUGUUGUGGGACGCAUACCAGCAAGCUGACGCCUUCUUCAAGGACAGGAGCGACGGCACGCCAGAGAGGAAGUUCGCGUACGCUCUGCGCCGUGCACGUAGCGCGAUGACCGUCACGUCGGCCACAACCUUCUUCAGCAUGCUGGCUGCAGGCAUAACGCCAAUACCAUCCAUCUCGUCAUUCGGCAUCUUCGGCGCUUUUGUGAUCGCUUUUGAUUUCCUCCUGGUGAUUACAUUCUUCGCCUCGGCGAUAGUGGCCUUCCAGACUCAUUUCAAGAGCUGGUCUGGCCCGUGCGUUCUGAUCAACCGGGGAUUCGGUAAAUGCGUAGGGAGUGCGGGAUGUGAGGGUGAGGUCGAGAAGCUCCGUCCCCUUGAGAGGUUCUUCAAGGAGAGAUGGGCCCCGCUGGUGCAGAGAUUCAAGGUGCCUAUCGCGCUCGUCUGGCUCGUGCUCGUCAUCGCAGCCGCGUGCGUUGUCGGUACCCAGCUCCGCUUGACCACAGAGGGGCCUCAGUUUUUCAACGACGAGUACGGGUCCCGAUGGUUCGAGGUAGUCGGUACAGGCGAUGGAUUCUUCAAGAGCGCCGAUACCCCCAAGGUUCAGGUGCAUGUCGUGUUCGGCAUAGACGCGGACAACGCUCUCGAUCGUGCGGGGACAAACGCAAGGGACCCAGAGGACUUGGGCACUCCGAUCCUGGACCCCAGCAGCAUCCAGCAGCUGAGUACCUCGGAGGGUCAGCUGGCCCUGUGGAGUCUGUGCGAGGACGCCCGCUCAGGCUCUUUCGACCGCGUCGCCAGGGACCAGAAUUGCAGCUCGGAGCUGAGGCCGCUGGGCGUGGCGGAUUCCGGCCCGCGGGUCAGGGUUGAGCCGACCGGGUGCCAGACGGGCGCGGUCUGCUUCAUCGACUGGGUCCGCGACUACAGGAUGGAGGCCGAGGGCAGGACGGCGGACGACUGGCACGAGCAGGACCUGGGGGAGACUCUUGGCAGCAAGGCUUUCUCGCCUGGGGCCACGGACCAAGAGGCGGGUUUCCCGUGUGGCCAGUGCUGCGAGAUGCAGGGGUGGUACAUGUGCAAGGUUAACGCGGUCCGCACCUCGUACGGCCUGCAGGACGUGAGCACCUGGCGCGACAUGAGCAGGUACUACCUCAGCGGCGGCGAGCUGCAGUGGGGCUACGUGGGCAUGAAUAGCACCAUGCCCCUGGAGGCUCUGCCUCUGAGCACGUCCGAGGAUCACUACAGCGCCUGGUCGGCCUUUGUGGACAGUCAUGUGGGCUCCUACGGCGCCUACCAGACUUCGGCGCUCUGGCCUUUCAUGGUCAUGCAGGAGGCUCUCAUGCGGAGCGUGGUGCAGUCCAUUAGCACGUGUUUGCUCUUGGCAUGGAUUAUUCUGUGCCUUGCGACUGCAAAUUGGAUCAUGGCUACGCUCAGCCUGCUGUGCAUCAUCACUAUCCUAGUCGUAUUCGCCGGCAGCCUGCCGAUCUUUGGUUUUGCCCUUGGCAUCUUCGAGUCCGUCGGUAUCAUUGUGGUAUUGGGACUCAGUGUCGACUACACGGUCCACAUUGCCCACUCCUACAACGAGGCCCGCAUCGCGGGCUCCGGCGAGAACAAGGCCUCCGAGCGCUCGCUGAGGGCCGCGCACGCCUUGACGGAGAUGGGUAUCAGCGUACUCUGCGGCGCCAUCACCACGCUGCUGGCCUCGCUGUUUCUGCUUCCGUCGAAGUUCAUGUUCUACCACGUCUUCGGGGUCUUCAUGUUGACGGCUGUUGUUGUCAGUACGCUCGUCGCGUUGACGAUGCUGCCCGCUCUGCUCAUGCUGUUCGGCCCGGCAGGGUCAGCUGGGGACCUUCCCUGGGUGCAGCAGGCGACGGAUUGGGUGUUCUCUCGAGUGGGGCAGUGUUGCCGCAGGAUGGCCGCUGCUGGCGACGCCGAAAAUGAUGCGUGA